GACAACAUGCAGGCGAACGACAGUGACCAGUGUGCCGGCGGCUCCAACUGGACCGGGGAGCACGACAUGGAGCACCUGCCAUUCGACGUGCGCAUCGAGACGUACCUGGUGCCAGUGAUCUUCCUGCUCAUCUUCACGGCCGGCGUGCUGGGCAACGGCACCCUGGUGCUCAUCUUCAUACGGCACCGCAACAUGCGCAGCUCGCCCAACCUAUACAUCCUGUCGCUGGCGCUGGGUGACCUGCUCGUCAUCCUCAUCUGCGUGCCCUUCAUCUCCACCAUCUACACGGUGGAGUCGUGGCCGUACGGGAUGGUGAUCUGCAAGCUGGCGGAGACGGCGCGCGAGGUGUCGGUGUCGGUGUCGGUGUUCACGCUGACGGCGCUCAGCGUGGAGCGGUACUGCGCCAUCGCGGGCCCCGUGGCGGGCGCGUCGCGGCGCGUCGGCCCGCUGCUGCUGGCCGCCAUCUGGCUGCUGGCGGCCGCCGCCGCCGUGCCCACCGCCCUCUACACGCAGGUCGCCGAGGAGGCCAUCAACGAGUGCGAGGCGGGCGCCCUGCGCAGGAUACAAGUCUGCUACCCCUUCCCCAAGGAGCUCGCAGCCCCCGUCGUCACCGCACGGUUCGCGGUGCACUACGCGCUGCCGCUGGUGCUGAUCUCCGUCUUCUACUCGCUGAUGGCGGUGCGGCUGCGGCGCGGGCUGCCGGGCGAGGCGCCCCAGAGGCACAUCCGGUCGCAGCGGCAGCGCGUCGCCAGGACGCUGCUCACCUUCGUCGGCGUCUUCUUUAUCUGCUUCCUGCCGCAGCACGUCUUCUCCCUCUGGUUCUACUGGGCGUCGUCGAGCGUGCUGGAGUACAACGACUGGUGGCACGCGCUGCGCAUCCUGGGCUUCUGUCUGUCGUUCGCCAACUCGUGCGCCAACCCGGUGGCGCUGUACUGCGUGUCGUGCACCUUCCGCAAGCACUUCGACCGCUACCUGCUGUGCUGGUGCCGGCGGGCCGCGAGGGCGGACACCGUGGUGGCCAGCAGCCGCACCGACUCCCGCAAGCAGUCCACCUCGCAGACGCUCGCCACCUUCCAGCCGCGCUCCAGGUGA